AUGGUACACCCAAACGCUGGCGCGCAGGGCGCCGAGCUCCUGUUCUGUGGCUCCUGCAAAUGGGACACACAGGGGCGCGACCGCAAAGGCGCCAUCGAGUACGGGGAAGAGGUACUAGCGCCACAUCGUCUCACGGGCUCGGUCACACUGGGAGGUCUCACGACACCAGCUGACCGAGCACAGAUGCUGCGGAUCGUUAGCGGACCGGUGGCAGCGCACGCCGUGCUCAUUUUAACUGACGGACGUGCGCUGGCAAUAGGGCGAAACACGCACGGUGAGCUCGGUAUAGGUACAGCGCGGCGCUUUGCUCCAGUGUUUAUGCCUGUCGUCUUCAUCAAGGGCGGGCGCUGCACCGGCGCCGCCUGUGGUCGCACACACACGCUCUUCCUCAUGGACGACGGCGUGGUGUACGCGACCGGGGCGAACGAUGCAGGUCAGCUUGGUGUCGGUGCGCGGGGCAUCAGCGCCAGCGGGGCCAAUGUACCGGCAGCUGUGACCCCGAUCCGCCUGACGUACCUCGCAGAACAUAUGGGCGUGCGAGCAGCCCAGGUAGGAUGUGGAGAACAGUUCUCCGUCGUGCUCGCUGAUGACGGCUCGCUCUACACUUUUGGAACACAUCGGGACGGUGUCCUGGGACUGGGCACCACCGGCGAAGUCAUUGGCAAACAACGCAUGGAGGUGGAGAGCGAACCCCUGCCGCGACGGGUCACGCGCUUCGUGCGCUCGGACGGCAUCGUCGUUGCUCUCGAUGAGUCCAAAAGCAUGGACGAACAAAGCGAGGAUAUACCCCGCUUCACACAGGUAGUUUGUGGUCAGCGGCAUGUGGUUGCUCUAGACUCCCGCCACCGCGUCUGGUCGUGGGGAUUCGGUGGUUAUGGUCGUUUAGGUCAUCGAACGCCGAACGAUGAGCUGCGUCCCCGAUGCAUGGAGUUUUUCGAGCGUUUGCGCGACGACCGCCGGCGAUGUGUCAAGCUAUACGCUGGCGCCUCCUGCUGCUAUGCGCUGACCGAAAUGGGCACCGUGUACUUUUGGGGCAUCACAAAAAUGACCGGUGAAGCGACGACAUCGCCGCAGAUGCUCUACGAUUUGCACGGCUGGAAAAUUCGAGAUAUCGCCGUGGGCAUCUCAUCGACGAUGAUCGCUUGUGAGGAGUGCACGACGAUCGCCUGGGGUCCGUCACCCGCCUACGGCGAGAUGGGUUUCGGUGAGACCGUCGUUGGAAGGAGUUUUGCAGGCAGGACAGGCGUACUCAAAAGCAGUACCCAACCACGGAUUGUCGAUCCGCUGAAAGGCGUCCAAGUGAGUCAGCUUGCGAUGGGGGCUUUUUUCACGUUCCUCCUGCUUCGACCCGAGGAGGUGCAAGCGUCAGACGACCAAGGCACGAAGGUGCAAGCACUCCCGACGCUCUCGUGGGAUGCGCAUGCCAAUAUCGGCGCGCAGCCUGUACGCGGUUUGACGAUCCUCGACGCAAGCUCGUUGGGGUCCCGGCGCGGUCGGAAACCCGGCAAGGUCGCUGCUCGAGCGACCAGCAGCGCGACUAAAACCCGCGUAACCUCAGUGUCCGCGGUCGUUGUUCCGGAAAAGAGGCGCCGCACCUAG